GUCCGUUUAAAAUCAACGAUUAUUCUUUUAGUGUUUGCUAGUGGCAAAUACUCCGAACCUUAUCAUUGAUUGUUCUUCUAUAAGUAAGCACUGGUUCAGGUGAGAAACAAAGGACUCAUCGCAAUGUCAGGCGCACAGAAAAGUAAGAAAGCAUCAAAUAUGAAAAAGCAAGCCAAAAGAGUUCAGGAGACUGAUAAGGAGCUGAGAAAAAAGAGGAAGAUUGCGAGAACGAAUACGGCAAAAGAGUUGGUAAAGAGCAUUAGUUAUAGGACAAUGGAGGAGGAGGAGGCCGAUGAGUUCUCCCCUGCAUAUGAUACUGAGAAUGACAAGUUAAUUUCUAAGCGUGACCUGCGGUUUAAUUUUUCUAACAUUAUCAACCAACAACCAUUCUAUUCUCAUCCCUCACAUCCCACCAUUGAUCUUCAUAGUGAAAUGAAGUUACAGCGUCAAAAAAGAUUGGUAGAGCUUGAUAUGCUUAGAGAGAAGGAGCUUGAAGACACAAAGGAGAAUGAUGAAACAGGGUCUGACGAUGAUUUGCUAAGUUUCCCAUCAUCAGAGGAUGAAGAUUUGAUGGAUGCUAAGCUACCACAACUUCACGAAUUAACGACUCUUGGAGGCAAUUAUGAUUCUUGGAGUUCGAAGCUAGAGUCUUUAACCACUGGCUUAGAGCAGGUUGAUCGGCUAAUCAGGCAGCUGAACGAUCACGAUGCGGAAGCCGAAAUCUUGAGCGUUCACGAACAAAGCGUCCUGAAACCAUUCGAAUGUGAAUCAGAUGUUAAGCACAAAGAAAAGAAUAUCUCGAAAACGCUUCGUGUAACAGAAAAUUCAGCGAAGCAAAGCAAUUGUCAACUCAUAUCUGAGACAUCUACCUUUCGCUCGCUCUUGAACGAGAACCAAAUUGCAAUGUGGCUGCCUGAAAGGAAAGAAAGCACUCAAGUACUGGAACCCUGUGAAUCCUCAGACGUUUCAUUUGACGAAUUUCUAAAUUUGGGUGAUGACAGCAGUACAACCAGCGAUACAGAUGUUGAACGUAUGACUUUGUCUUCGUCAAAUACUAUAAUUGAUCAGUCGGGCAGUUUGUCUCGCAAAAGGAAUUUUGAAUACCGCUAUAGCCACGAUAAAAUUAAUUUAGCUUUGGUCGAUAAUCUGAGCUGUCAAGCAGAUUUCAGACGAAAAAACAAAAAGGGACCGUUAAACAAGAGCGCACUAUUUUACGGAAACCACUGCGAGAUGAUAAUCAAUGACUCCCUCUUUCAAUUGAAUGAUUUUGUGAUUUAAGAUUUCCCUUUCAUUUCUUUCGACUGCUUUUGACUCAUCAGCGAUUUUGUAUUUAAUAUAUGUGUAUAACGAUUACAACCACAAGUUGAUUGGCCAAACAAGGGCUACUUUCUCAGCGAGUUAAAUCGUCUUCUCAGAUCAUCCAAAUCAUCUUGAUUUUCGGUUGUUGAGUCAGCUUUUUUGUCAUCCGACGUGCUGGAACCCUGCUUUUCGUUCCUCAAGUCUAUCUGAUAGCAAUCACAUAUUUCUUGCAGGUACUUUUCCACUAGGGAAUCCACGUUGGUGUCGUUGCAUUUAUGGAUUAUGUCUGGGUUAUCGGGAUGAUUUAGCGCAUAUUCGUAGAAUUCCUUUCCAUACUUGUGAGCCAACAAAGACACAAGUUUCUUGUAUUCCUUUAUAUUGACGUAUGAGCUCACAUAUAUCAGCUCGCGCACAAGUUUAACAAUACUUUCAUCAUCGGACUUGCAGAGAAGUUGACGUAGUUUCGAAUGAAGUACUUCACAAUCAACUACCAAUAUUUCCAACAAGUCAAUCAUUUUGUCAUCAUUUACAACUUUGGCAAUCUUCACCUUCGUUAGCAUCAAUUCUCGAUCAAAUUGAGCUCCACCAGUUUUGCUAAGUGCUCUUAAAUCCUUGGAUAGUUGAAAAAGAAUGGCUUUGUUAAUUGACUUCAUUUUCCCAAUCUUGAACUGAAGCUUGGAGCUUGUCAUCUUAAGCGCAGUCUUUAAAAGUAACUAGUGUUAGUUUGAUGUUCAAAUGACGUACUUCCUCAUUCAUUAAGUUGAAUUGUCGCUUUUUAAAAAAUCCAUGCGUUAUGAAAAUUAAGCUAGUUCAGCCCUGAAUUAAAAAAAUAAGGUUACAACCAGUCGGCAAUCGGCUAUCAUCUGGAAGAUUAUGUCUGCGUCUUUAAAGGAAAGAAAAGAAGAGUUUGUAACAGGACUCAAAGGUGGUUCAACCAUUGACAUAUAUGGUGUGACGUCUGUAUCAAUUGUGUCGUAUUUAGUGUGGUCCAUUUUAAAAAAAAAACAUCUGUCUUCAAUGAUUCAAACGAUGUUCAGGCUAUUGUUCUAGACUUUUUGAUCAACUGGGUGUUGCUUUUGCUUUCUGUUACAUGUUACUGUGACAAUGUUACCACACUGAUUGCGGCUUCAGUAAUACCGCUAUUAUUGAUAGUGUUCAGAAGGACGAAAGAGCCGAGUGGAAAAACAACUAAAAUCAACCUAGACACCUUAUCAUCCAAACAAUUCACACCAUUUAUUACUUACGUGACUGUCUAUCGUGCACAAAUGAUGAUAAUUACGUGUAUUUGUAUUCUUGCAGUCGACUUCCCCGUUUUUCCGAGGAGAUUUGCCAAAGUGGAAACAUGGGGCACCAGCCUGAUGGAUCUUGGGGUCGGGUCCUUCGUAUUUUCGAUGGGCCUCGUGAGCGCCAGACAGAAUAUUAGACAAAGAUUUGAUUCAAAGUACAGCUACUUUAAGAAUUUGAUCACGUCGAUAAAAAAUAGCAUACCAUUACUUAUUUUGGGUGCUAUAAGGUUGUCGAGCGUUAAAUUUUUUGACUACCAAGAGCACAUCACUGAGUAUGGAAAACACUGGAACUUCUUUUUCACUCUGUGUCUUAUUCCACUAAUUGCAAAUGUCUUUGCUCCAAUUAUCAAUCUACUUUCGCCAAUAGUGACAGGAUUUUCAAUAGUGUUAUUAUACGAGGUUGUUUUGACAAAAUUUGGGUUACUGGAAUACAUUCUCAAUUCGCAACGAGAGGGAUUAAUUGGUAUGAACAAAGAGGGACUGUUUUCUUUAGCAGGAUAUCUUGCAAUAUACCUGAAUGGAAUAUCUCUUGGAUAUAUCAUUUUCCCCCUUUUCCCUACCCGCAAAAAUUCGCUGACAGUCAGUGGGUCCAAAGACCAAUGCUUGAAUAAUAGAAAGAUCUAUUCGUUCUCAGUAUCACCAACCAGGAGCUUGUUCAUUCUAGCAACUCUUUUCCAUGCCCUGUAUUACGUACUCGAUACAUGCUACAUUUAUGGAGUCUCUCGAAGAAUGGCAAACGCCUUAUAUGUCAUUUGGGUUUGUGCUUACAAUUAUACAUUCUUAUUUGGCUAUAAGCUUGUUGAGAACCUUGUAUGGGGAGAGCCCCGAUACGAACUGACACACAGCGAAACCAGAAUAACAGUUGUCAAUGAUAACCGUAAUAUAAACUGCGUCCCCAUGUGCCUACGUGCGGUCAAUUACAACGGUCUGACAAUAUUCAUACUGGCAAACGUGCUUACAGGCCUUAUAAAUCUCACAUUCAACACCAUUGACACGAGCGAUACCAUUGCCCUAGUUAUAUUAAUCGCAUAUUGCGCCGUACUCUUCACAGUUGCGUUCUUUUUGUACACGAGAGAGAUACACAUUAGAUAGGACGAACCUUCAGAUGGACAAAUAAUUAAAUAGAUUCCCAAAAAUAGUCGCUGUUCCUUGAUGACACAACCUGAGUAUUCGAUUUGGCUUGGAGCAUAAUUACUUCAAGAAUUUAGGCAGAUUUUGGUGACAAUUACACACAUCACCGGAAGUUACGGCUUCAGGUCACCCAAACUUCUCCAAAGUGAGUCCAAAUUGAAAUGUUAGGAAAUGAGAGAAAAUGUGGUCAACUACUUAAGGUGAAUCAUUUCAUCCUACUUUCCACGUCACGUCGAUUUGCCUCGUCUCGAGUCGUCAAUGCAUGUUGGUAAGAUGGAAAUGUCAAACAUUGUGACAUUAAAUUUAUAGGUUAGCAGACAAAAUUUCAAAGUCGGGAAUGCCUCCCAAUUGUUGAAUAUUCAGUCCAUAUCCUCACAGUUUGGAGCAAAUGAGUUCAACCUUACGACUUUAACUUUAUUCAGAGGAUGACUCCCAUCUUUAUUUAGCUAGAUUAAUGUCCAGUUGUUUUGAUGGCAUAUGAGAGUAGGGCAACGGAUUGGAUGUGGGAUACUAUGGUCAACUUACAAUCACUCUCUUCAAGGGUAUCAUAUUUCUACCUUUUAUUUUUUGAUCCAUUCACAAAAAAUAAUCUUGAUAUUUUUUCAAUGGUGUAUAGAUGUCAUCAGAAGACUCGAAUAAUUAGAAUUUACUAAAUUUGACUAGGCAAAUGAGUGAUGCCAGCUAAGAGACCGUUUUUUGACCACAGUUCUGCCAGUAGGCAACUAGAACACAAGUCAGAACCACAAAAAAAGGGGAGUACCGAAGAUGAUUUUUUUGAUUGGUUUCAGUCUGAAUUAAAAACCAUGUUCUCAGAUAUAACAUCGCAGACUGUUAAGAGCCUGUUUCAUGAAUUCCAUAAUAAGCCAGAAGCACUGCCACUUGCAAUAAAUGCUUUUUUAGAUGAUCCCCAGAAAUACCAACAUGGAGACUACUCAAGAAAGAAAGAGCUCCUUUCUUCCACGCACUCAAACGAUAAUUCUAUCUAUAAAGUCGAUCAUAUAUCAGAGAAAGCUCUAGAAUAUGAUCUCCAUUCUAAGAAGCGGCGAAGGCAGUUAGUCAACUGGAGGAGAUAUGUGGGUACUUUUGAUGUUGAAUGUUGGUGUACAAGAUACGUGGCUGGCUUGCUUGACCCUAAUGAAAAAGUGCUGUUAUCAAAAAGUCAAUCAAAAGAUAACUUUGUUCAUGUUAGUAGAGUUGAUAUGUCAGGGAACAAACGUGAAAUUGGAAGAUUCUUGGAGAGACAUGCAAAAAUAAUAGCACCAUUGCUGGAAAGACAUGGUAUAGAGUUUAGUGCGUCGUUGAGCCCUAUAUCAAAUCAGAAGCUUAGGACAGGAGAUUCAUUUUACAUAACGCUUGACUGCUUUGUUACUGAUCAACUAUUUGGAACUAGGCCCUUGGAUGAUAAAGAUCUCGAAAACAGUUUAAAAUCUGUCCAACAUACCAAGUCAACGAACUCCCACUGUGUCAUGGAUGAAGGCCCUGCAUUAGUCAGCUUGUUCAAGAAGUUGCAUUUAUUUUCAGACAGUAAUCAAAAUGAGGAAGCAAGAGAGGUGAUAAGUCUUGAAGAUUCAGAGGAGGAUAACAAUAAAAAAUCACGGGACCAGCGUUUAGAGGAGAAUGAUGGAGUGUUAACCAUGAAUCAACUAAAAUCUUUGUAUCAAUCUACUGAAUCAAACGUUGAGGAUAAAAUUCUGCCGGAUUCAGUACCCAAUGACUUUUUACUGGAAUUACGUCCUUAUCAGAGAUACGGAUUGAGCUGGAUGCUCUUUCGUGAGCAAGAAUAUGACUUGGUUGGACUCAACAAUCCACAAGUUACAGACGAGGAAAAAGAAGAUUUCAAAAAAGUUAUGACAGAAAUAAGUGGCACUAAAAACCCCUUAUGGAAAGAAUGCAAAUGGCCUACGUGGUCAUCAGCAUCAAAUGACGGUAUUUGUGAACAAUCGGAAGAAUCCUUUUACGUAAAUCUUUACACUGGUUCAUGUUCCCAUUAUUGCCCUAUGAUACAGAAUCAUACGUAUGGUGGCAUCCUAGCUGAUGAAAUGGGAUUAGGGAAGACCAUAACAACUCUUGCGCUUAUUCUCAGCUGCCACGAAGAUAAAUCAUACAUUCGACCAUGCCGGAGAGAUAGAUAUGCUCAUAAGACCACGCUUAUUGUUGUUCCCAUGGCGCUAUUAUCGCAGUGGGAAAGCGAAUUUGCAAAAGCCAAUGGCAACACUCACAGAAAGUGUUACAUUUACUAUGGUGCUGAAACUUUAGGUGAUCUGAGUUUAUUACUAUGCGAAAACCCCACGGCACCCACGGUGAUAUUGACCACAUAUGGGACGGUUCAAAGUGAGGCAGCGAGAAUCACAAAGACAGGAAACAAGAUAGGUUUAUUUUCUGUCACCUUUUUUCGUAUCAUUAUCGACGAAGGUCACAACAUAAGGAAUAAAUCAGCCAAGACAACGAAGGCCAUACAUUCCCUCUCGUCAAGUAGAAAAUGGGUUCUGACAGGUACCCCAAUUGUCAACAGACUGGAUGAUUUAUACUCACCUUUAGUUUUUUUGGACCUCCAACCGUGGGCGAAGUAUUACAUAUGGAGACGCUUUAUCACUGAACCUUUUGAUCAGGGAAGAGACUUGAAUGAUGCGUUCGCCCUAUUGAAGUCGAUUUUAGAUCCGAUAAUUCUUCGAAGAACAAAAGAUCAAAAGGACAAAGAUGGAAACCUGCUGGUUUCUCUUCCGUCGAGGGAGAUCAUUAUCGAACGACUGAAAUUCAAUGAAAAAGAGGAGAUCCUUUACAGUCAUUUGAAAGCGAAAGCAAUCAACGUGCUCACCGAAAAUAUGAAGGCAGGACUUGUUCUGAAAAACUAUUCAUCGAUUUUAACUCAUCUUUUGCGUCUAAGACAGGUAUGUUGUCAUCUGGACCUGAUUAGAUUACCCUUCACAGAUAUUUCGAACGAAGAUGAAGACCUGAAAGAUAGCUUGAAUUUGAUGGUAGAUCAGGCUACAGAGGAGAGUUGUCGAAUUUUGCAAGAUCUUGAAAAAGAAGAAGAAAAGAGCAAAUUAUCGUUGGAGAAACAGCUUGCCAUGAAGAACGAAAUCUACCAGUCCUUUCCAGACUUUGAUGAUGUGGAAUGCACUAUUUGUACAGGUCCUAUUGAGAUUGAAACAUGCGUGAUUACUGAAUGCAAACAUUGUUUUUGUCUUGGCUGUCUUAUGGAGCAUUUCAAUUUUCAGUCGCGGCUUCACUCAUCUAUCAACGCAAGCAACAACUUGAUUGUAUCCCAACUUCCCGAGGUUCCAGCAAUCUCCAAAGAAGUUCUUUGUCCCGUUUGCAGACAUUCGAUUCAUAAGAAUCGUUUAUUAAGAACCUUCAAACGUGAGUUCAAAGGUUGUUCCUUUUCAAAGACAGAUAAUAACGAACCUUACUUGACACAGAUGGAACAUAUGCAUGAAAGAGACUACUACAUUCGUCCAUUCAACCCUUAUGGGAAAUCAUCGAAAAUUAAUGCUCUUCUCUCACACCUUCAACAGAUUUACGAAGACAAUCCUGGUGACCAUGUAAUUGUAUUUUCCCAAUUCACAAGUUUUUUGGAUCUUGUUGAAAGAGAGCUGAAGAAAUAUACGUGCAAUUUUAGAAUCUUCAAGUUUGACGGGAGAUUGAACGUAGAUCAAAGACAGAGAGUACUAAAUGAAUUCAACACAAAAACAACAGAUGGGAGAAUAACCAUUCUUUUGAUCAGCUUGAAAGCGGGAGGAGUAGGCUUGAAUCUCACCAUUGCAUCCAAAGCUUUUUUGCUUGACCCUCAUUGGAAUAAUGCCACCGAAUUCCAAGCUAUAGAUCGUAUUCAUAGAGUUGGACAAAGUAAAAGCGUGAAAGUCGUCAGAUUCAUUAUGGAAGGAAGUAUUGAGGAAAGAAUACUCAAGAUUCAAGAGCGCAAGAAUCAGCUCGGAGAGGCAUUAUCUAUGAACGAUGAAGAGAGACGAAAAAAGAAAGUCGAGGAAAUCAAAAUCCUGUUUGCUGAAUGAGAGUACCUUAGUCCAACAGUAAGUACUGUGGAUCGAGGUUUGGUUCUGCUGAGACGUUGUGAUUUACUACCCAGUUCCUUAUUUUUGCCUUAUCGAUAAACAGUUUGUAGCCGUCGUCUUCCAAAUAAACAAAGUUUUGGCUCUUGCGACUAGGGUUGCUGUAGUAGUCCGUGUAAAUGAAUUUCUCCCCGAUUUCAUACAAUGCUUGCAUAUAAUCCAGAGUGAGAAGGAUAUCUUCAGAUCUGAAGCCCGUUUUAAAACUCAUCAACUCCAAGGUCACAUGAUCAAAAGUAGACAACUUGCCGUACAACAAUUCUCUUGAGAGUGACCGACACCAGUAGCUGAGGUAUGUUAGCUUUCCAAAAGGUGAUAAUGGUCUCUCGGGCCCGCUGAUGAUUUGCUCAUGGUUCGAAAGAUGAUAGGAAAACUCGAUCAAUUUGGAGCCCAACCUUUGUUUCUGAUAGCAAGGAAUUACAAAAAUGCACGAUAGGUUGUUCUGUUCCCAGGAUACUAGCUCGCGGGAAAAAAAACCCAUAGGAGUGGAUACACCAUUCAGCGUUUGAUAGAUCACGUAGAAAUCAAAAAGGUCAACGUUAAAAAAGAUGGAUUUGUUGUCGAGAAAGAACUUUGACAAAAUCGCCAUGCAUUGACAAAAAAGCUUAUGUUGUUUGCCAUUCACUCUUCUUAUCGCACAAACGUCGUCAAGAUACAUCAAUUGACCUGGUAAGUUUCUCCUAUACGAACAGUAAGACAAAUGCCGUGACGAAUUGUUUGGAUUAGCUGUGUACUUGAAGCAAUAGGGGCAAAAAAAGAGUUUCUCAAUCCAAGGUAUACAAUCCUUAGUGAGCUGAUUGACCUUUUUGAUAGAGGACGUGAGCUUGAUCUUCUUUUUGAGAACUUCAUAGCCCAGAACUUGUGGCUCCGAUUGAAAGAAAAUUACGGAAUUACCAAACCAAGUAUCAAAUUCAAA